UCGUUACUGGGUGUUCAUCCUAGCGGAUUGCUGUUCAGGGUGAUGGUGUCAAGAUAUUCUGUGGUGGUGAUGGUGUCAGCAGUGGCACUGGGCUUCCUGCUUGUGGUGUCUUCCAGCGUUGUUGACGUUACUUUAGCGGAAGGGGCAGUGAUUAGGCCGAAGGGAUUGGAGGGUUACUUUGAGACCCCGAAUUACUCGUCCAGAAGAGCCAGGUUUCGUUAUCCCAACAACAGGGACGAAGAGUGGAGGUUUUCUUUACAGAAAGGGGAGAGCAUAAAGUUCAUUCAAACUGGAGAAACAGUCCAGUUCGGAUCCGAUGACUACAUGAAGCUAUUUGUCAAUGAAACUGACAUGGGCCGAUUCUCCACCAGCAAUAGCAGCAAAAUAUGGGCUACAGUCAAUUCACCCGAUGGAUCAACAUCCGUUUCAUUGCGCUUCCACAGCGGCGAUUCGGGCAUGGGCCGCGGGUUGCGGGGUAACUUCUCCAUCACGUGCAUCUCCGACGAGGCCUGUCAUCACGUGGGCAAGUGCCAGCCGCGUCGUGACGUCGACGACAACCACGCCGGCAUGUCGUGUGAGUGUGCCCCGGGUUUCGCCGGGGAUCGUUGCGAAGGGUUCGCCGACUGCCCGGGUCGCUGUCAUCCGGGUUCCACGUGCGUCAAGGCGGCCCAUGCUUCGACCCCGUUCUGCGUUUGCACGACACCCGUUGGAAAGUUAAUGACCACAACACAGCAAAGGCGACACCUGGAGAAGGCGCGCCAAGUGCAAAUUGGCGCGCCUUCUCCAGGUGUCGCCUUUCGUCUCCUUUGUUUGGAGCUUGGUGGCAUGUUUGCUGUGCUGCAUUCAACGGAUACACUGUACCGUAGUCGGAAAUUAUACUAUUGUCAUUUCAUCAUGGGGGUAGAAGUUGAAGUGUUGAAACCCGGUGAUGGGUCUACGUACCCUAAGUUGGGGCAGACUGUUAGUGUACACUAUACAGGCACAUUGGUGGACGGGACCAAGUUUGACUCUUCCAAAGAUCGCGGCCGUCCGUUCAAGUUUCAGAUUGGUCGGGGUGAAGUUAUCAAAGGAUGGGAUGAGGGCGUUAAGAAGAUGAGUCUUGGGGAGACCGCGAGAUUGACUUGCAGUCCCAACUAUGCGUAUGGCAGUAGGGGUCAUCCCGGCGUGAUCCCACCGAAUGCUACUUAUCUAAUCUUCGAAGUUGAGCUUUUGGAUUUGAACUGA